GCCACUUAAUUGUUAAUAGAUUGAAGAUACCUGGAAAACACAAAAAGGGAUGUACCUUUAAUACAACACCACCAUGGUUAAUAGUUUAUAACCUGAUCAUGGAACCAAAAACCAAGCUUCUUCUUCUUUUUCAUCUUCUUUUUCUGUUCCAUUCGUUUUCUUGAUACCCAUCUUGUAAAUUUUUGAUCUCAUCCAAAUCCCCAAACUCUCUCUGUUUGAUCAUUUGAUCUCCUCUAGAGAUGUUGCCAAAUUUUGACCCCAACGACAAUGAAUCUGGCCUGAAACUGCUUGAAGAUCUGACACAAAAUGCAAGGCAAAUACAAGAGCAGGUGAUUCAGAAGAUUCUCUCACAAAAUGCCAACACAGAAUAUCUCAAGAACUUCAUCAAUAAUGGCUGCUGCAGCCACUCCUCCCCUGACCUCAAACUUUUCAAAAACUCUGUCCCUGUGGUCAACUACGAAGACAUUAAGCCUUACAUCGAGAGAAUUGCCAAUGGGGAGCCCUCCAACAUAAUCUCAGCUCAACCCAUCACUGAGCUUCUCACAAGCUCCGGAACUUCUGGAGGCCAGCCGAAGAUGAUGCCUUCCACUGCUGAAGACUUGGACAGAAAGACAUUCUUCUACAACCUCCUCGUCCCUAUCAUGAACAAGCAUGUGGGUGGUUUGGAGGAAGGAAAAGGGAUGUACUUGUUGUUUAUAAAGCCAGAGAUCAGCACCCCAUCUGGGCUAAUGGCGAGGCCAGUGCUGACAAGCUACUACAAGAGCAAGAACUUCAGAAACAGGCCUUUCAAUAGGUAUAAUGUGUACACAAGCCCUGAUGAGACAAUUUUAUGCUCUGACAGUAAGCAGAGUAUGUACUGCCAAUUGCUUUGUGGGUUGAUUCAGAGGGACGAGGUUUUGAGGGUGGGCGCAGUUUUUGCCUCGGCUUUCCUCAGGGCCAUAAAAUUCUUAGAAGAUUACUGGAAAGAGAUGAGCCAUAACAUAAGAAGUGGCUGUGUCAGCGAGUGGAUCACUGAUCCCAGCUGCAGAAGCUCUGUUUCUUUGAUCCUCACGAAGCCCAAUGAGGAGUUGGCUGAUUUGAUUGAUGCCAUGUGCGGGGAGAAAUCGUGGGAAGGGAUUAUUAAGAAGAUUUGGGCCAAGACCAAAUACAUUGAGGUUAUUGUGACAGGGUCUAUGGCUCAGUAUAUUCCCACAUUGGAAUUUUACAGUGGGGGGCUUCCAUUGGUUUCUACCAUGUAUGCUUCCUCUGAGUGCUAUUUUGGGAUUAAUUUUAGUCCUUUGAGUAAGCCUGAGGAUGUUUCGUAUACCCUUCUGCCAAAUAUGGCCUUCUUUGAGUUUCUGCCUGUGGAGAGAAAUGACGGAGGAGAAUUGGCUCGUUCGGGCCCCCACCGGAAUGGGGGCGCAGUUCGGGACGACGGCGACGAGAUGGGGAAACUUGAAACAGUGGACCUCGUCGACGUGGAACUCGGUCGCUAUUACGAGCUUGUGGUGACCACUUUCACGGGGCUAUACAGAUACAGAGUUGGUGACAUUCUAAAGGUAACUGGAUUCCACAACAAUGCUCCUCAGUUCCGCUUCAUUCAUCGUCGGAACGUCGUGUUGAGCAUCGACACCGACAAGACGAAUGAAGACGAUCUGUUGAAGGCAAUAACAAACGCAAAAUUGCUGGUUGAGCCACUGGGCAUUCUGUUGACAGAGUACAGUAGCUAUGCAGACACCAGCUCAAUCCCAGGGCAUUAUGUGCUGUUUUGGGAGCUGAAGAAGCGAGGCGGUGGGGGCGAGAAUGCUGCAGCGACCGCAGUCGACUUGGGAGUGAUGGAGGAAUGCUGCUCAAGUAUAGAAGAAAGUCUGGAUUCUGUGUACAGAAGAUGCAGGAGCAAGGAUAAAUCCAUAGGGCCAUUGGAGAUAAGGGUGGUGAAAGGAGGAGCUUUUGAUGCACUGAUGGAUUAUUGUGUGUCACAAGGCUCUUCUGUGAACCAAUACAAGACACCAAGAUGCAUCAAAUCGGAGGAGGCCAUUAGGAUUCUUGAUUCCAGAGUGGUGGGAAGAUUCUUCAGCAGGAAAACCCCAUUUUGGGAGCCUUUCAGAGUGGACUGCUCUAAAUGACUGACUCCUUGUAGUGUGUUAAUGUGGAAUCUUCCUCAUUUUCUCUCUCUCUUUCUCUUUCUUCUUUUUCUGUCUGGCUGGGAACCAGUGCCCUUUCAAACCGUGAUCUGGUUAGAUCCUUUUGUUCCCAAAUUUGAAUUGAUUGUGUAAAGCCGAGGGCUCUUUAUGCAUUUAAAA